AUGGGCAUUCUAACAUCCUUGGACAUUGACUCCUCAAAACUUGUUCUUUAUGGCAUCGUCACGAUCAUAUUCCUCUCGAUUCUGACGUCCGGAUUGCAAGAUGGUAAGAGGUCGAAGUCGUCGAUUCCGCAUGCUCCGCGCAUUCCAUACAAACUUCCUUUCGGACUGGACAUGGCUUGGAAACUCGUAACACGUCUACAUUCGAACACAUUCGUAGAAUACGUAUGUGACGAAAUCCUCAAUACUCCUGGUCGCACGAUCGAGAUGAAUCUACUAGGCGGUGACAUUUUCAUCACCGAUAGAGCAGAGAACAUCAAGGCUAUCCAAGCAGAUCAGUUCGCGGACUUUGCUAAGGGACAGACGCCCCAUGAUGUGUUCAGUAGUAUACUGGGAGACUCCGUCUUUACAACGGAUGGACCUUUGUGGAAGACGAGCAGGGAGCAACUGGAGCCGCAUGUCUCUCGUGUUCGUCCAGACGAUAUACCUGUAGCUGAGGAACAUAUACAGAAGCUUCUCAAACUGAUCAAAAGUUCACCUGAGAGGGUCGAUGUGUACGAUGUGGUCGACAGGUUUCAACUCGAUCUAGUGAGCCAGGUUUUUCUUGGGGAGUCUACAGACUCACUGUCCGCGAACCAACAGCCUUUCCGCAAGGCUAUGGAAGAUCUGCUAACAUAUAACACCAAUCGUCUACUUUUUGGCCGCCUCGCAAACUUGUUUCCUGACUGGCUAUUUGCGCCGAAGGCAUAUCGCGAAUUAACGCGUUACAUUAACGACCUCAUCGAAAAGACUCUGGCUCUGCCGAUCAACAACCAAACUGAUAUCAAGACGGAGAAAGAGUUCAAUCUUGUAGAGGAUUUGGUCGCCACGCAUCCGAACGAUCGAUACUUUAUUAGGGGUCAGCUCAUAGCAGUACUGAUGGCUUCCAAGGAUCCGGGUGCUAUCCUUACCACGUGGACAAUAUACCACCUGGCCCGUGAUCCAGCACUGUGGAAAAAACUCCAGCAGGAAAUUGGACAGCACAUUGGCAUGGAUGCAAUUCCUACAAUAGCUCAACUAAGAAAAUUGGACCUUCUAGCCAACACAGUCAAAGAGUCCAUGAGAAUGUACCACCCGCUCGGCCUUAACAUUCGGGAGGCCAGAAGUGAUGCGAUUCUACCCGUCGGUGGCGGUCCAGAUGGGAGAGAUCCCAUAUCGGUAUCAAAAGGCCAGAUCAUUGUUUACUCAGUCGCUGGCCUCCAGCGCAACAAAGCUAAGGUCGGCGCAGAUGCCGAUGUGUGGAAUCCUUCACGAUGGGACAAUUGGUCGCCAAGGUACGGCGACUACCUACCCUUUAGUAUUGGGCCACGCCAAUGUCCCGGCAGAGUCUUUGGCCGAUUCCAGAUCCAGUAUAUCAUGGUGCGACUUCUUCAAGAGUUUGAGAGGGUUGAGUUGUGUGGACUUGGUGGUGAUGGAGACAAAGGCAUGGAAGAGAUGAAGAUCAAGGUCGAGCUCAACCUCAAGCCAGCCGAAGCCGCCUUGGUGUAUACUCUCUGGACUAUCGUCUACAACCUUUACGUCAAUCCACUUAAACAAGUGCCUGGCCCUUUUUUGUGGUCUAUCUCGUCUACACCGCUUUUCCUGGCAUCCAUUUCUGAUACGCCACAUAAGCGGAUUCUCGAGUUGCAUCAGAAGUACGGCGGGGUUGUCCGCACAAGUCCAAAUUCCGUGUCAUGUCUCCACGCAACAGCAUGGAAAGAGGUCUACGGACACCGUAAGUCCGGCCAGCUGGAAAACCUCAAGCACCCAGGCUUCGUAGCCGAAGUCGCAUCGGGCAUCAUCGGGGCUGACACAGAGACUCAUACAUACCAACGUCAACUGAUAGCCCCGGGAUUUUCGGCGCAAGGGAUGCAGCGCCAGGAGCACAUUAUUCGGCACCAUGUCAACAACCUCUUCAGUCGCUUUGAAGAACACUGUGCCAAGAGAAGACCUCUCGAUCUGGCCAAGUGGUUCAACUAUUUCUCGUUUGACAUCAUUGGUGAUCUCAGCUUCGGCGAGUCCUUUGGGAACCUGGAGCGGGGGGACUUUCACCCGUGGAUUGCGACGAUCUUGGAGUUCUUCGUUGCGCAGCAUGAUAUGGCGCAUUUUCGGCGGGCAUAUCCGUUGUUGGAGGCGAUGGUGGGCCCUCUUGUUAAGGUCCUUGCUGCGAAGAUCAUCCUCAAGCAUAACACGUUCAUGCAUACCCAGGUCGCGAAACGUUUGGCUUUGGAGCCUACUCGGCCAGACUUCAUUGAUGGUAUGAAGCCUGAUCAUGCUAAGGGAAAAGAAGGCCUUUCCUUUGAGGCAAUCUGUCAUAACGCGAGCAUCUUCGUUGUGGCUGGAUCCGAAACGACUGCACUCGCACUUACCGGGGCGACUUACCUACUCUGUACCCAUCUAGAGGUGCUCACCAAGCUCAAAGAAGAGAUUGACUCAUCUUUUGAUAGUGAACCACAGAUCACUCUUCUUAGCGCGCAGCGACUCAAGUAUCUUACAGCUGUUAUAGAUGAGACCCUGCGUAUCUACCCAGCCGCUGUAGGCUCCGUGCCGCGACUGAUCCAACGCCAUGGCGAGGUCGUCGGUGGAUACUUCCUUCCCGGAGGAACAUGCGUGGAUAUAUGGCAUUGGGCAAUGUAUCAUAACCCAGCUAACUUCACCGAGCCAGAGGUUUUUGCUCCCCAACGAUGGCUUGGAGACCCUCGCUUUGAAGGCGAUAAGAAAGUGGCAUUUCAGCCUUUUUCAACGGGAAAACGCAGCUGCAUUGGUCAGAAUCUUGCGCAUUCUGAAAUAAAGCAGAUCAUGGCCCGGCUGCUGUGGAAGUAUGAUGUUGAGCUCGUAGAUCGCGAGUGGUACGACAAGCCAUGGCAUGAUCAACCCGUGCGCGCUUCUUACGUACACCCGCCGUUGAAUGUCAGAUUGAGUCUUAGGACGAAAUAG